ACGCAGCCGCGGGUCAGGUUCACUUAACGGGCUUAUUGCCAGCCAAACCCGAGAUAACGCGGACCGACUGAACAGGAAGGAAAGAGAGGCGAUAACAGAAAACGAGGAGAAAGGUGCUUUCAUCGACGAGUCUUCUUCGCGAAGCUCCCCUUUCUGCCACCAGUGCCCCCCCUGCUCUUGAGGCUGUGGUAUGAGCCUAUGUGGCAGGAAGGCGCUAACGUUGCUGAGCAGCGUGUUCGCUGUUUGCGGCCUCGGCCUGUUGGGAAUCGCCGUCAGCACCGACUACUGGCUCUAUCUGGAGGAGGGAGUCAUCCUUCCCCUCAACCAGAGCACCGAGAUGCGCAUGUCCCUCCACUCGGGUCUGUGGAGGGUUUGCUUUUUGGCUGAGAAACAACCAUCCAGACAAGUGUUGUCCCAGAGUAAACCAGGGGAAGAGAAUGGACGGUGUUUUACCAUUGAGUAUGUGAUGCCCACUAAUGUGCAGAUGACAUCUGAGUCCACAGUCAGUGUGCUCAAGAUGAUUCGUUCUUCUACACCCUUUCCUCUGGUCAGCCUCUUCUUCAUGUUUAUUGGUUUUGUACUCAGUAAUAUUGGCCAUAUUCGACCACAUCGCACCAUCCUGGCCUUUGUUUCUGGAAUCUUCUUCAUCUUGUCAGGUCUAUCUCUGGUUGUUGGUCUGGUAUUGUACAUCUCCAAUAUUAACGAUGAAAUGUUGAACAGGACCAAAACUAAUGAAGCUUACUUCAGCUACAAGUAUGGAUGGUCAUUUGCGUUUGCUGCCAUCUCCUUCUUGCUCACUGAGACGGCAGGUGUGAUGUCAGUGUAUCUGUUCAUGAAGCGUUACACAGCAGAGGAAAUGUACAGGCCCCAUCAGGGCUUCUACAGACCUCGCCUCAGCAACUGCUCAGAUUACUCGGGCCAGUUCCUUCAUCCAGACGCUUGGGCUGGACGUGGUCGCAGUGCCUCCUCCAUCUCCUCAGAGGCCUCCCUCCAGAUGAACUCCUCUAACUACCCAGCCCUUCUCAAGUGUCCAGAGUAUGAACAAAUGUCCUCCUCACCCUGCUGAGGAAAAUGAGGGGAGGCUGUUUUACUAAUGGGGUCAUUUUGAUCUGCCUGAAUUUUGGCAUAAAAUUAUUGAAAUAAUUUAAUAUUAUCUAGCUUUACCCUCUUGACUGCCAGUUUAUUUAUUUAUUUUUUACACCUUUUGGUUUUUAAAAUGCAGGUUAGCAGGUUCACUUUGUUCCCAGUCUGUUUCAGGAAGAAGUAUUACAAACAGAGAGGAAAUAGUUUUACCAGAUCUUACUUUCAUUGUUUUGUUUCUCUAGUUUUUGGUGAUAGCUGGCUACCAACCUGCUAACUUUAGAAUAGCAGUUAGAACUGGACCAGUAACCUCACUGUAUGUAAUUAAUGCAGAGCCUGCGGGUUUUCCCUCAAAUGCAAAUAUUCCACAGCGAGUAGUUUCAGGUAGAAACCAGCAACUCAUCAGAGGAACCACAUAUUGUUAGGUGGAUGUGUUUAGAACAUCCUGGGUUUUUGCUUGGAGAAAAAUGUUUCCUCACUCCAAUCAUGCGAUAACUGAGCAAAUAGUGCAGACUUGUAAUUCAUAAAGGUUAAUAGGGUUCAGAAAAUUGGUUAAUAGGGUUCAGAUACCUGCUUCUCAUUUAUUCUAUAAAUUUUGCACGUGCACCAGUGGUGUCAGUGUACACACGCAUUACAUGCUCGCCUGCUCAGCUGUUUCUAAUUAAAGCACCCUCGGCUACAAAGUGCUGCACCUUUUGUUGUCAUGUGCUGUACAUGUUUGCAUGCACAUCACAGUUGUUUCAGACGUGUUCAUGUGAAGGACCUAAAAUUCAACUCUGAACAUUUUCAUGUUCAAGUGUAGGCUAAGGUUUAUGAAACAGCUGUGAGUUACUGCUCAAAUGGAUAAUUUUACUGAUGUACCACUUUAUAAACAAACAGUUAAGAGCUGUAUGUGCUGGAUGGUUAUUUGACAUUUUUAUAUGACUUUUAGUUACUUUCUCCAUGUACGUAUACUGAAUAGAAACCUUUUAUUGUUAUUGUUAUGAGAAUUUUGUAAACUUUUUAAGCACUAUCAGGAAUGCUCCAUUAUUUUGUAUUUACACACAUUAUACGUGGCUGAAUAUGUUAAAUUCUUCAUUUACAAGCUUGUUCUGGUUGGUCCAUCUAAGCAGUUUAAAUUUUGACACCAAAGGAAGAGUUUGUAUUAUAGGCUGCUAAUUCACACAUAUGAGAUACAUUAUUUUAAGGCCUAAAUCUGAACACGGUUAAUGGCUAUAUAAAGUUUGAGUGUUUUGUACAUAGGAAACAAACGAAUGCUUUAUAUGCGCUCAUAUCUAGUCAUGAAUUACAAAGCAGGACAACUUUACAUCAGAGAAUUGAACUAUCCAGAGGUAAACAAACCCUUUACUCUCAAGAGAACCUAUGAUUCAUUUCACUUAGUCAAGCAAAUAAAACAAGAAAAAAAAUAUAAAACAAACAUCACAGAGGCAUCUGUCACUGACAAACUGGAGUUAUAGAAUGUUAGUUAUAAGGUUAAAUAAAAAGAGAAAGCCAAAGGAAAGAAGAUGAAGUUUGCACUUGAUUAGAAUGAGUCAGGUUAUAUGAAAUGCCAUGUUCAUAUGGAUUUAUUGUGAAUGUAAGAUUUGCAAAGGAAACACUGCUAAAUGAAAUGUUUCUGCACAUAGGGAAAUACCUCUCCUGUAGAGAUACUUUAACCCAAGUUCUAUAAGCAUAUUUUUUUAAUUUCUCCCUCACAAUGGAAGAAUAUUCUUAUAUGUUAACAAACACACUGCAGUCCUUAGUGUGCCAAGGAAGACACAGUAUCUAGGUUAUGCACUAAUGUAUUGAAUAUAUACAUUUCAUACAGCAUAAGUGUAAGAAAACGUAUUACAUAGAUGCAUUUUGUCUUGUGCAAUAUUUUUAUGUUAGUUUGAUAUAUUACUAAAAUCGUACUUAUUGUCAGUAUAUGGUGUGAACUCCACAUGAUAUUAAUGGCAUGCCACAUUUCAUCACUGGAUCACAUUGUUCCACCUGCACAAAUACAUAAAACUAAUAAACACAAACUGUGCCAAAUUAAAUUUUCACUUUUUGCCACUAUGGUAUAUACACCUGUUAUAUUUUGUUUAAUUUAAACAGUGUAAAUAUAAAAUCAUCUGUGUGUGCAUACACUUUUUGUAUAGACAUCAAUUCAUGUAAAAACUGGUUGUUUUGUUGUUGGGUAGAUUUAUCUGGAGUAUAUGUGACAGCUGCUUUGCCUCCUGUUUCAUAUUGAGAAUGUGAGCUUUUGCAUAUUGUUAAGCUUACAUAAAUGUAAAGUACCCCAAAUGGUGUCAUGAAAUGUUAAUAUGUGUAUUUUUACAAUCAGUCAUAUUCAUGAUGUUAGAUGUGCAAUUGACAGUGUAUUCUCAAUCAAAUAAAAAUACUAUUUGAUAAAUACUGA